GGCGUUUGAACACACCCCUGUCAAACUUGUACCAGUGGGGUGGAAGACAGCCUAAACUUAACUUGAGGAGACGGGGCCACGGAAGUAGGCUACAAAGUAACAGUUUGGCAGAUGACAUUGCAAGCAGAAAAAGGGGGAAAUGUCUUCGGGGUACAAAUCUUGGAUACUGCUUACAGGUUUUAUACUGUUCUAUGUUUCUUAUCUGUUGCUCGGAGCGCUCGUUUUCUCCACCAUCGAACGGCCGGUGGAGGACAAACUAAAAAGUGACAUACAAGUCCUGAAAGAAGAGUUUCUCAACCAAAGUUGCGUCAAUGCAACAUCACUUGAAAACUUUUUGGAGAAAGUUUUACAAGCCAAUAAGUAUGGAAUAUCUAUCCUUCCGAAUUCUUCUGCGAGUUCAAAUUGGGACUUGGCUUCCUCUUUGUUCUUCGCCAACACUUUAGUAACGACAGUCGGAUAUGGGCACACUACGCCCCUGUCGGACACCGGCAAAGCCUUCUCCAUCUUCUAUGCCCUGCUGGGAGUGCCCUUCACCAUGCUGGUGCUCACCGCCUGCGUCCAGAGGCUCAUGCACCCGGUGACCUACGGGCCCAUCGACAUGUGCCGCCAGAGGAUCGGCCUGGACCCUCUCGCCGCCACUGCUGUCCACUUUGCAAUCCUGCUGCUGCUGGUGGUGCUGGGAUUCUUUGUGGUACCCGCCGUGGUUUUCAGCCACAUCGAGGACACCUGGUCCUUCCUGGACGCCAUAUACUUCUGCUUCAUCACGCUGUGUACCAUCGGCCUGGGCGACUACGUGCCCGGCGAGAAGCCCGGACAGAAGUUCAGGUCGCUCUAUAAGAUCUCUGUGAUGGUGUACCUGUUUCUUGGGCUGAUGAUGAUGUACUUGGUCCUGCGUGCCUUCCACCGCAUGGCCGACUUGCAUGGCCUGACUUCUUUCUUCCAGCUCCCCCACUGUGACGAGGAUACAGAGGAGGAUAAAGAGCCCAUUAUCGAGGCCGACCCUGAAGACCAGCACGAGGCAGAGGCCUCGGCCAAGCCCCUGGAUCCAGCCUCCCAGACCUCCUAUAACACCAUCAACCGAUAAGGACUCACUCCACUCUGGACCGUUCUCCUUUACAUAAGUCAGGUGAAACAGCUAAACAGUCACUGUUUUACAGCAACACGGGAUGAGUUGAAAACCUGACCAUACUUAGGCACCAAAGACUAUCGUUACUGCUGUGAGGCAACUCACGGCUCAGGUCAGACCUUCCUGCUACGACAGCUCAACUGAACCAAAAAGAAACAGAACUCUACAGAUGUCCCAGUGCACCCAGUUAACACUUGGCAAGGGUUGUUCAUCAAGGUGGGAGAAGGUUGUUUUUCCAUAACCUGUAGAGAACACUUCUGGUUGGGACUGAUGAGGAUUAUUUGUCACUUUUUGAUGUUGUUUCAGAUGUGUGUGUGUGUGUGUGU